CAUAAUUUCUCUAUUUUUAAAAAAUUUUUAAGAUAAUUCGUGUUUCUCUUAGACUUUCAGCUACAUAGUCCAUUAAUGUUGCAGGGACUUAGUUUUAAAUAAGCGACACAGAAAAGGGGAGAGGAAAACUAAAUAAACAAAUCUGCACCGUUGAGGACAAAUCCAGUAAAUAGGAUGUCAUCAGCUGAUUGGUAUAUACCUGACACAAGUGUCUUCAGCUAGGAACCCUUGAGGUCUGAUUACAGAGUGAUGCCGGUCCACCCACACAUCUAAAAGUUAUUUAAGAGAUCAAGCUAGAGCCUUCCCGCCUUUAGCCUUUAGGAGGAAGCUUGGUGUAGGGAAAUGUCCUUCCCACACCAUGGCGUUUCCCAGCAGCUUCUUCCUUUGGUUUUACUGCUUUGCCUGGCUGAGUUGUAUUAAUCUUGGUUGUCGGGCAUCAAGCGAAGAGUCACAGCUCACAGCGAGUGCCAAGCUGGAACCUGGACCAGAGCCUUGGUCCUUGCUGCAGCCUGUAGAUGGGGAUCCCCGCUCUGACCUCCUUCCGCCCCUCUUCAAGGUCCUGUCUGGCAGUCGAAGUGGGCCCCCUAGGCUUCAGCCAGACUCCAGAGCUCUGCACUACAUGAAGAAGCUCUAUAAGACCUAUGCCACCAAGGAGGGGAUCCCUAAAUCCAGUAGAAGUCACCUUUGCAACACUGUGCGACUCUUCACCCCUUACCCCCUGAAGAAGUAUGCUUCCGGAGACCAGGAGACAGGAAUCUUUCCGCCAGCGGACCUGCUGUUUAACUUGGAUCGCGUUGCUGCCGUCGAACGCUUACUCAAAUCUGUCUUGCUAUACACGCUCAACAACUCCGUUUCUUUUCCCUCCGCUGGUAAAUGUGUGUGCAGCCUGGUGCUGACAGAGCCAAGGGCUUCCGGCAAGACUCCCCCCCGAGGUCCCUACUCCGUCACCUCCAGCUCCCAGUUGGAACUGAGAAAGAAUUCCAGAUGGAUUGAGGUUGAUGUGACCUCCCUCCUGCAGCCUCUGGUGGCUGCCAGCCAGAGGAGUAUCCACAUGUCUGUCAACUUCACCUGUCCGACGGACCCGCCGAAGCACGUAGCGGAGGCUCGAGAGGGCCUGUUCGGCUCGCUGCUCCGCGUGCCCCCCUCGCUCCUCCUGUACCUGAACGACACGAGCGCCCAGGCCCACCACGGCUGGUAUUCCUUUCGCUACAGCAAGAGGUCUCCGCGGCGUCCCGGCCAGCGCCAAGGUGUGGCUGCCUGCCCCGCGCGCCAGGGGCCCGCCCAGGGCAGAAGAGCUCCCUGUCCCCGUCCCCGUCCCCGUCUCCGGAGAGGCCGGGAAACCCUCGGCCCCAAACCGCGGAAGCCUCUGGUUCCAGCGCCCUUCCACCACAGCGAGCACUUCAAACGGUUUCUUUUCCCCCACGACGACGAGUGUGAGCUCCGCGACUUCAGACUUAGCUUCCGGCAGCUCAGGUGGGACCACUGGAUUGUGGCUCCACAGAGGUACAACCCUCGGUACUGUAAAGGGGACUGUCCGCGGGCAGUGCGGCACCGCUACGGCUCCCCGAUCCACACCAUGGUGCAGAAUAUCAUCCACGAGAAGCUGGACGCGGCGGUGCCCCGGCCGUCAUGUGUGCCCGCCGCGUACAACCCGCUGAGCGUGCUGACCAUUGAGCCCGACGCCUCCAUCGCCUACAAAGAGUAUGAGAAUAUGAUAGCCACGCGGUGCACCUGCCGUUGACGUGCGCGCCCCCAGAGCAGAGCCUACAGCCGCUCCCGCGAUGUAAGUGUGCCCACCCGUGCCCCUGGGCGGGAGCUUUGUCAGAUCUCUAACUUGGUGCACACUGAGGAGGUGUAGCGAGCAGCGCGUUUUGUGGCAUCUUUCGGUGGAUAGAGCCAGUGGUUGCGUUGCUACUGAGUUUCUGCUUUUUUUCUUUUUUUCCCCCAAACUUGAAACGUAAUUACUUUGAAGAGUUUACUAUUUUUCCCCUUGAGCAAUGUUUUUCUUUUCACACAAGUCUUAUUUCAGGUGGGGAAAUGUCUUAAUUAGCAUAGAUCUAGGAAUUGCACUUA